CGCCAUUGCUUUCUGAGCUUCAAGAAUGCAAGCAAGGCGGGAUCUGACAAGCUUUUGAGGGUGUGCACAACAUAGCUUCGGAGGGAUCUUGAGGUUCCUCGUUCGCGAUCACACCUCCGAAUCGCAUCCCCGCGCACCGUCCGCAGCCAACCAGAAAGCCAGCCUGUUCUUCCCUUCGCUCAAUUCGAUCACCAGUCGCCAAUUCCCAUAAUGUCUUCGGUUGUAACUUGGACAAUGCUGCUCUGGGCCCUAGCCCUGACGUGUACACUUUGUAUAUUUGCAGCCCUCCUCCUUCUCUACGCGUUGAUCCAGUCGCACAACACCAAAGUGCCAAAGUGGCGCCCGAGAAACCGACCCAUUCAUCUCUUGGUGGUCCUGGGGAGUGGCGGACACACGGCGGAAAUGUUCUCCAUGCUCCGGCGCAUGGAACUCGAUCCAACCAAGUACACAUACCGAACCUACGUCGUGAGCUCCGGCGACAAUUUCAGCGCGAAGAAGGCCGUCGACUUCGAAACAACAUACUUAACCCAGAAUGCGGACCCCGCGAUAUCCGAGCGGCCCCUUCCAGCAACGGGAUCAUACUCUGUUGUCACAGUUCCGCGCGCCCGUCGCGUACACCAAUCUUACCUGACUGCACCCUUCUCUACUCUCAGUUCCUUCUGGUCUUGUCUUCUGGUGUUGCGCGGCUUACAUCCAGAUCAGGGACCACUUCAUGCGGAGUCGACGCACUCACCCCAUCCAGACAUCAUCCUCACCAAUGGGCCGGCCACCGCAGUCUGCAUCAUUCUGGCCGCUAGGCUUCUGCGACUGUGGCACGCUCUUAGUGCUAGGUUUGUACUUGGGUCUAGGUCAGUCACCGUGUCGAAUAAUUUCCGACUUCGCACGAUCUUCGUAGAAUCAUGGGCUCGAGUGACCACUCUAAGCCUGUCAGGUAAACUUCUGCUGCCUUUUGCGGAUCGCUUCCUCGUUCAGUGGCCAGAUCUAGCAGGCAAGAGAGCGUGGAAAGGAAUGAGGCAGACUGAAUAUGCCGGCACGCUGGUGGAUUGACAAGCAACACAUAUUAUCAACUGAGAUCGACCCAAGGCCAACUACUACAGUACUA